UCCGUGGCAUUACGUGAGCGUGCGCGCUUCUGCAAUCUGCACAAAACAAUUCAGCGAGGUAAAAUGGCGUCGGGUGCCAUUUCAACGGAGUCAAAAAAAAUAACAGAUUUACGAGUAAUAGAUCUCAAAUCUGAACUUAAGCGAAGGAAUUUAGAUGUCACUGGUGUGAAAAAUGUUCUUAUUGGCAGACUGAAACAGGCCAUUGAGGAGGAAGGCGGAGAUCCAGAGACCAUUGAGAUUCCACUCUCAGCAGACACACCUACUAGGAAAAAAGUUAAAGGAAAGAAAGUUGAUUCAGACACUGAUAACCCAAUGGAAGAUGAGCCCUAUUCCAAGGGAGAUGAGCCCCACCCCAUGGAAGAUGAGCCCCACCCCAUGGAAGAUGAGCCCCACCCCAAGGAAGAUGAGCCCCACUCCAAGGAAGAUGAACUUUUCUCCUUCUCCAGGGAAGAUGUGCCCCACUCCAAGGAAGAUGAAUUUUUCUCCUUCUCCAGGGAAGAUGGGUCCUUCUCCAGGGAAGAUAUAACAGAUUCCAAGACCAGUGAACCUCAUACAACAGAGGGAGGAUCUUGUACCAGGGCAGAGGAAUCUCCUACCAAUGCAGAAGAAUUGCUUACCAAUGACGAUGCAAUAGAUUCCACAGAAGACAACUUUCUUUUUAAGGAUGCAGACGAGAAUGAUGUUGAAAAAGAUGUAACUGAUACAGAUGAUGGUACUCGCGAAAAUUCUAUACCUCCACCCAGUGAGGACGGCCUCCCAGAAGCCGAGGUAGAAGCCGAGGCAGAUGCCGAGGCAGAAGCCGAGGCUGAGGCCGAACAAGAGCCGGAGAUCGAAACUGAAGCUGCCAUCUCCACAAAAGAAGAUGAGGAUGAUAACAUAUCGGUCAUACUCCAGAAUGAAGAUGCCAUCACGCUGGAUGUUGAUGGCGAUGACCUCCUGGAAACAGGUAAACAUGUGAAACUUCCAGAUUCAGAGGCAGACAAGGGCUGUGAUGAGCCAGAGGCCUCUGCUGAGACGAGCCCCGAGGAUGACAUGAAGAUGGAAGUGGAGGGCCAUAAAGAUGGUAAGAAAGAUGACGGGACGAAGGUUGACUCCUCCAAGAAGGAAAGCAGAGAUGCCUUGAAGAAAGCAGAAAUGGGAGACAAAGACAAGGAUUCUGGGAAGAAAGGCCCCUCGUCUACUGGGGCAUCAGGUCAAGCAAAGAGUUCUUCAAAGGACAGAGAUGGAAAGGCUACAAAAGAUGACAAAGGAAGCAGCAGCAGCAGUAGUACAAGCAGUCGCAACAUAUGGGUGAGCGGCCUUUCCUCCAACACCAAAGCAGCUGAUUUGAAGAACCUUUUUGGCAAAUAUGGGAAGGUUUUUAGUGCCAAAGUGGUAACUAAUGCUCGCAGUCCUGGAGCCAAAUGUUACGGAUUGGUAACAAUGUCAUCUAGUGCAGAGGUGGGAAGGUGUAUCUCCCACCUGGACCGCACGGAGCUUCAUGGUCAACAGAUAUCUGUUGAAAGGGUUAAAAGUGAUCCUUUCAAGAAAGAACCUUCAAAGAAGGAAUCAGAGGACAAAAUAAGCUCUGGCAAGUCGAGUGACAAACGUAGUGCUGUGUCGAGUAGCAAGUCUAGCACUGGCAAAACCCAGCAAUUUUCAAAAAAAGAGGACAAAAAGUGUGACAAAUCAUCAGACAAAGAUGGAAAAGAGUCAUCCAAGAAGCAGGAGUCUAAAAGCACAAAAUCUGAGGCAACAUCCUCAAGCUCAGGUCCAGAUUCCUCAAAGAAAGAUGAUAAAAAGCACAGUGGAAGGACCAAGAGCCCUGGCAAGAUGGUAGUUAUUGAUCAUGCAAAAGGAGACCCCAACCUCAACAAAAUGAGAGCUCCUUUUCGAAGGGGAAGAUUUGACAAGCCAGGUUUCACCAACAACACCCAUAUGAUGCAGCGGAGACCCAGAUAUUUCAUGCCUUCUGAAGAGAUGGAAAUGAAUAAAGGGAGGCUUUUCCCUAACAAAGGAGGGAGCAAAGACAUCCUCCCCUUUGAGAAAAUGAAAGAGCAGAGACUGCGUGAACGUUUGGUCCGACUGGAACGUGUCCGCAGAGCUGUGGAGCUGCGCAGGCGGCGUGAGAUUGCUGAGCGGGAACGCCGGGAGCGUGAACGUAUCCGUCUGAUUCGGGAGCGGGAGGAGAGGGAGAACCUGCUCCGGGAACGCCAGAGGCUGGAGGUAGAAAGGCAGAAACUGGAGAGGGAGCGCAUGGAGAGGGAAAGACUGGAGAGGGAACGGAUCCGCAUAGAGCAGGAGCGCCGUAAGGAGGCAGAGCGUAUGGCCCGUGAACGGGAGGAGCUGAGGAGGCAGCAGGAGCAGCUCCGAUAUGAGCAGGAGAAGAGGAACAAUCUGAAGAGGGGCCGGGAUGUUGACCACAGUCGAAGGGAAGAUCCCUAUUGGAAUGCCAACAAGAAGAUCCAGCCAGAGUCUGAGGGCCGACUCAACCAGGGAUCCGACUACAACCGCCAGCAGAACCGCUUCACCGAGUUCAGCCCCAGAGAGAGAGAGAGAGGCUUCCCAGAGACUACAGCAGUGGAGACCAACACUUUUGGAAGGCGGAACCGCUUUGACGGUGAGCCUGAGGCCAAGAAGACCCGCCCCGCUGCUCGUAGGGACAGCUCUGGGUUUGAGCGCUACCCCAAGAACUUUGAGGCUGUCCGCAGAGCCGAGCCUCCCCCACCUCCACGCACCGACAUCAGGGACACAGACCGUAGAGAGAUUCGAGACCGAGAUGAGCGCCGGGCCGUGCCCAUGCCGGAGCGCCGGGCCGUGCCCAUGCCGGAGCGCCGGGCCGUGCCCAUGCCGGAGCGCCGGGCCGUGCCCAUGCCGGAGCGCCGGGCCGUUCCCAUGCCGGAGCGCCGGGCCGUGCCCAUGCCGGAGCGCCCAGCAGGGGGCAGAGCACCCAUGCCUGGUAUGUCUCAUACUGGACGUUCCCCUAGAGACACGGGUCACACAGGGCAUGCCAGUCAUUCUGGUCAUACGGGAUGGAAGAACGACGUCCCUAAGGGGGACAUACGUGGAGCUGUGCGUACCGGGGGUAUGCGCCCUGAGCGGUCAGGCAGAGGUGGCCCGGGGCCGGCUCUCAGAGGAGGCUCCUCAUCCAGCCGCGGUCGGUCGAGCUUCAGUAGCCGAGAUGGAGGAAGACCCAUGGUCAUGGCUGACCAGCAUUUCGGCUCUGGUCGACAAGUGGUGGUGGAGCGUCAUGGCCGGGACCAGCCGGCCCCCAGGAAGGACUGGCACAGUGGCGCUGGUUCCCAGGGAGGGGGCUUCCCGGACAGUCGCAGGAUGGGCGACAGCCGCGGGAGCAUAAUGGCCCCACACUCAAGCCACUCUUCAUCUGGAAUGAACAGAAUAGUACAAAUCACCAACACCAGUUCCAUGUCCAGCAGUGUGAGUGGAUUCAAGCCCUUCAAGGGAGCGCCUCGACGCUUCUAAUCACUUCUCCACAGAUCAAUCUAUGCUUAUUUUUCAAAAAAAACAACUUUUUAUAACUUAAUUUCUCUUUUUUUAAUUGAGUGUUAGGUGUUUUAAGAGGCUGGCUUCUAGUCUUAAGGUUGACAUAGACAUUUGUUUUUGUAUAGAUUGUUACCUCAUUGUAGGGUUUCCUAACAGUUCUGUUGUGACCAUAAAAACAACCCAGUGCACAUAUGUUCCACUUACCUUAAAGAAUUUUACAGUUUUAGUUAUUUGUAACAAGUUUGUGAUGUUAACUGCGCCUCCCUGAACUGAAACUGAUGUACGUAAUGUAAAAUGUCAGCAGCUCAAUGUAUUCCACAAACGUUCAACUAUGCUCCGGGUGCUGUGAAAGGUUAUUUAAUUAAACAUCUUGCUAAUAUUGUCUUUGGCGCCCUACA